AUGGGAUGCUGGAUUUUGAAUGAAAAACUGUCAGCCCUGUUAUUAGUGAUGUGGCUGGGAUUGAAUUUAUAUUUGUUUAUUGAUACCUUCCGCUGGUAUGAAGAUGAAGAUGCUUACCUUUAUACACGGAUUAUGCUGGGAUCAACACUGGCUUGGGCGAGAGCUUCUGCAACAUGCCUUAAUUUUAACUGCAUGCUAAUCCUGUUACCAGUCAGUAGAAACCUUAUUUCAUUCUUACGAGGAGCAAGCACUUGCUGUGGAGGAGCACUGAGGAGGCAGUUUGACAAAAACAUCGUAUUUCACAAGAUGGUUGCCUAUGGAAUAGCUGUAAAUGCAACCAUCCAUAUUGUUGCCCACUUGAUCAACAUAGAGCGGUAUCAUAGGAGCCAAUCAAAAGAAGCAGGGGAAUUACGGAAUAAACUUUCUGGCCUUGGCAAGAACUCACAUGAAAGCUACUUGAACCCAAUCAGGACCUAUGAAACGAACACAACAGGAGAGGUUCUAACUACCAUAGCUGGAGUAACUGGAGUUGUGAUUACUGUGGCUCUAAUACUGAUCAUGACUUCAUCCACGAAGCUCAUCAGAAGGUCAUCCUAUGAGGUGUUCUGGUACACCCAUCACCUCUUUGUGGUUUUCUUCAUUGGUUUAAUAAUCCAUGGUAUGGGUCAGCUUGUCCGAGGUCAAACACCUCAGAGUCUGCUGCUUCACAAUGUCACUUACUGUAAAGAUCACCAUUUGGAAUGGGAGAAAGCUACUCAGUGUCCCCUGCCGCAGUUUUCAGGCAACAAACCUGUGGCUUGGAAGUGGAUUUUAAGUCCUGUGGUGUUGUAUAUCUGUGAAAGAAUCAUUAGAUUUUGGAGAUUUCGACAGGAAGUGGUCAUUACUAAGGUGGUGAUGCAUUCCUCUGGAGUCCUUGAGCUUCAUAUGAAGAAAAGUGGCUUUAAAAUGGAACCUGGUCAAUAUAUCUUUCUACAGUGCUCAUCUGUCUCACAGCUGGAGUGGCAUCCUUUCACACUCACUUCAGCUCCUGAGGAAGAAUUCUUCAGUGUUCACAUAAGAGUAGCUGGGGACUGGACUGCAGCCCUCUUCAAGGCCUUUGGAGCAGAGGAAAAAGCUUUCAAGGAACUGUGGAUGUUACCAAGAUUGGCUGUGGAUGGACCAUAUGGAGCUGCAACUACAGAUGUUUUUUGGUACAAAUGCUGCAAUCCUAGCAUAGUACUGACACUGCAGAAGGUUUAUUUUUACUGGAUUUCUCGAGACCCAUCAGCAUUUGAGUGGUUUGCUCAUCUUCUAUCCUUUUUGGAAACAAAAAUGGCUGAAAAAGGGAAAAAGGAUUUCCUAAGUUAUCAUAUAUUUCUUACCGGCUGGGAUGAAAGUCAGGCUACUCAUAUAGCCCUACAUUAUGAUGACAAGAUGGAUGUAAUUACUGGUUUGAGACAGAAGACCUUCUAUGGAAGGCCAAACUGGGACACUGAGUUCAAGCGACUAGCUGAAAAUCAUCCAAGGAACAGUAUUGGAGUAUUCUUCUGUGGACCCAAGACUCUCUCCAAGAUCCUUCAACAGAUGUGCAAUUCAUAUUCAUCAGUUGAUCCAAGAGGGGUUCAGUUUCACUACAACAAAGAAAGUUUCUAG